AUCAAAAUGUACUGAGCUUUAUUUAGUUGAUUUACACCACUGUCAGUAAAUAAUUAAGGGGAACCAGUUGUAUAGGCAGCAACUAAAAAGUAUGUUUCAAAGAAGGGGAGCCCCCUGGAUUGUUGCCCUGUUAUGAUACGGGGUCCUCGGCUCAGACUGUGAAGCAAUGGGUGUGCAAUAGGGUCAGCGUUGAAACAUCAAGGAACAAGAAAAACAGUACAAACUCAAGAGAUUAUCCAAGCAGUAACUGUAGCGAUUGAGCAAAGUCUGCUGUGAAUGAAUCUCAGCAUUCAGCAAGACAGAGCUACAGUUUACACAGCGAGGAUGUCGAUUAUCACCUUAGACUCUUUUGGUAGACAUAUCAUGUCCAGGAAUGACAAUAUGACCUGGCCUGUAAGAUUGUCUGAUUUGACAGUGUGUGAUUUCUUUUUAUGGGGCCAUUUAAAGCAUUGUGUAUUCACUAGUCGUCCUCUUACACUGGAUGAACUCAAAGCUGCAGAAAGUUAUGAUAAAUAUCCCUUCAUGAAUGCAUUAAUGUUACCUCAAAAAGGGUUUGUUGAAGCCCAGAAGACUAUUGAAGCUUUGAAAGAAGAGGCUGAAAUAGCUGAAAGAAAGCUGAUUAAAGCUAAAAGAACAUUAAAUUACACAACCAAGGAAUGGUCUUCUCUUGAAACAGCUCCUAAGACACUGGUUCCCACUUUAAAUCAAGACAAAGAACAGCAAAAGGAAAAUGAUGGUUUUGCUUUUGUAAAGGAAAAAAUAAUAUUAGAUCUGCCAUCAAAGGAAAACAGUUCAAAAAAAUAUCAAAUUUUAACAGUUCCCAAAAGCAUUUAUCUGCCUUCAGAAGAUCAGCCAAAGACUGCCUCCUCAAAAGUACCUUCUGUUCAAUCUGAAAAUUUGAAACAAAUCUACAUGAAAACGUCUAUUGAUAAAGUUUUAUCAAAAAUCUCAUCAAGUGAGUUAUCUAGCUUUUCUGGGAUUGAAAGGCCAUCUUCAGAAGGAACAUCAUCCUUAAUUGCAGAUGCUUUUGAGGAUGUAAAUAAAAAGGCAUUUUAUUCAAGCGAUAGUUCUGAAAGUAAGCAGUUAAAGGAUCCAUCAGAAAUAAAGUUUACAUCAUGGGAGAAAGAUUUUUUAAGAAAAGAAGUAUCAAUUCAAACUGAUACUGACAGAGAUAGAAGUCCAGUUUCGGGCAGCAAAUCACUAAACGUAGCUGAUGGCAUUGAAUGGAAAAUUGCUUCUGAUGUGAAAAAACCAUUUUUUCAGCAGAGAAAAGCUGUAUCUGAAAGAGGAAUUCAAAAAAUGAAGGAUAUUAUUGAGAGACAAAAAAAAAUGUUUGAAGAAUCAAAAUUGAAUCAUCCCCAAAAGGAAAUUGACUCAAUAUUUUAUUCUAACCAAAAAUACUUAAAUUCCACAUUGGGAUUUAAAAGCAAUUCUAGCAUUAAUAGUUUAGAAAAAGAAGAUGAAUUGUUAUCUUCAGAUGAUGUAUAUUCUGAGCAUCAGUUGAAAACUCCCCUUUUAAGGAAAAAAUGUCGUGUUACAUCUGUCCCAGAAUAUAAAGGUUUUAGUGCUCCUGGUGAUAAUUCAGGAGUGUCAGCUAAAAGACAUAAAGAAAACAAAAGGAAAGAAUUUGAAAAUGUUGCAGCUAAAAAGUCUUCACUGAAAAGAAUAAGGAAAACUGUCAAAAGGAAAAAUGAUGAUGAUCUAUUAAAAAAGGAUAAUAAAAAAGAGUCAAAAGUUGUGUCUCCCACAAGUGAGGAAUUGCGUUCUAAUCCUUAUCCAAUUAAUUCUAAGGCUGAUACUUCAGAAAACAGUAUUUCUGAGCUUAAGCAAGAUGAACCAAAAAAUCAGGAAAUCUCAGACGGUAUGCUCAAAACAAAUAAUGAAAAGCAAUCAAAAAUUACAUCUUCCACCAGUGAAGAAUCAUCAUCUUAUUCACAUCCAAUUAUUUCCAAGUCUGAUCCAUCAGAAAUAACUGGUUCUGAGCAUAAGCAAGAUGAAUCAAAAACAGAGGAUGUCCAGGCAAAGUCUGAUGACAGAAUUGAUGAGAAUUCGAAUGCACUCAAGAUGCUUAAAUCAUUAAAUUUUGGUAGUAAAACUGCAUCUGAAUGUUCUGCAGAGCUUAAUAUUGAAACCAGUGAAAAGAAAGAGAAUAUCAAACCUUUAAGUUCCUUUCAAAGUUUUAAAAGGAAAGCUCUUAAAGAACCAGAUAUUGAACAUACAGCUCGUUCCCCUAAAAUACGACAUUACGACGUAAAUGUAGUGAGAAAUUAUAUUAAGGUAAAAAGAGAGGAAAGGAGGAAAAGGAGACAGGAAGACCAUAAGAAACGCAUUCAAGAAAAUGAAAAGAAAAAAGAAGAACUGCAAAAGGUGUAUGAACGCCAGAAGCAAAGUGUGAAAUGUGUCCCAAAGAUCAAGCCUUUGUCACCUAUUAAGCUGUUUCAAGGAAAAGAUAUUUUAGAAAGAAAACAUGAAAAUAAAGUUAUUGAUAUAAAUUUUAAAAAUGAAAGCAAAGACUAUAUCGAAUUUCAGCAUCAUGUAAAUAUUACUGGUGUAAAUAUAGAAAGUACUGCAGGUAAAAAAGAAAUUCCAUCUAAAUCUGAAAGAAAAGAAAAAUGUGUUGUUAGUGUAUCUAAUGCAAAUAAACUUGAAAAGGGAGUUCUAUCAACAAGUGCUGUGGGCAGUGCUUCCAGUCUUAUGCAAAAUAACAAUGAAACUAAUUCUCAAGACAGAAACAUAGAAAAAGGUGCAAUAAAUGUUCAUGUAGAACAAAAAGAAACUGUUAUAGAGAGCAGUCUCUUUUCGUCAUCUCAAAAAAUUAACAGCCAUGAACAUUCAGUUCCUGCUGAAAUCCCAUCAGUAUCGAAUGGUUCUUUGUCAUUAUACCAGUAUAGUUCAAUUUCAUCUCUAUCUAAUCCUAGCCAUCUUAGUCAGUCUUUAGAAGUUGGUCAAGUAACAUUUCAAGAACUCUCUAACACAGAAAUACCUUUUCCUGUUGCAAAAUCCAAGCAUUCUGAAAAAUUGAAAAACUUGGCAAAAUCUAUUGAUACUAUGAUAGACCCUUAUCAGCAUCUUUUAAGAACUAAAAAGUGGGUCGAAGAAAGUCCUCCUCCUCCAAAACAGAAGUCAAGAAAUACCAAUAUAUCUUUUAUACAGAAUGGUCAUGUUGAAAAAAACUUAGAAUUUUUUAAACUGAGUCUUGACAUCAAGUCAGAUAUUGCUCAAGGUAGACCUAAGGAAGAGAGUAGCUUUAAAGAGCGCGUAACUGAUAUUGGUGAUGUGAGUCAAUUGUAUGAAAAAAUCUUGGACAGAAGUACAUCAUUGAAGUCAAAAUUUAAAUUUAGUCAUGAGUUACUUCAGUCUGAUAACCAUGCUUUCCAAGAAUCAGCUGAUGAUCUGAUUGAAGGCUCUCUAACAUCAGAAGAAGAUAUGCCUAUUAGUAAAAGUGAAUUGAAAUCGGAUUCAAAACAUAGCAUUUCAGAAUCAAUAUCAUCGUCAUUUGAAUUUGGUAAUUUGCAAGUUAAUCUAGAUCCAUUCAAUUUCAUCAAUACCUGGAGCAGAAAACCUUUAGGUUUUCCUCAAGAAAGCUCAAGAAAAUUUGAGGGGCAUAGCUUUUCACCUCCUAGAAUAAUUCCUGUAUCCCAAGGAGAAGGAUCUGAUGCAAAUAACUAUUCAUCUGAUUUUAUUUCAUCUUUAGAAGGAAGUAAUCAGAGCAAGGUGCCUGCUACUAAAUAUGAAUUUGAGAAUAAUUUAGCAAUUAAAAAUAGGAGUGCUAUCUUACAUUCAACUGACAAGAAAUCUAGUUCUGAUCAAGCUGUGAAAUAUUCAGCUGCGAAGCACAGAGAACACAGAUCAAUAAAUAGACAUACAUCAAAUCAAAAUGUUUCUACUUCUAUGGAAGAGCAAUCAGCAACAUCAGAACUGCUCAUUUCUGAAGCAAUACUUAGUGCUACAUCAAAUCAGAAUGUUUCUGCUGCUGAAGAGCAAGCAGAAGAGGUCUCAGAGUCACUUAUUUCUGGAACACUUAGUUCAGAAUCAAUCUCUGAAGACAGUGUUGUGUUGCAUGCGAGUUUAGAAUUUAAUGACACCUCCAAGAAAUCUCGUUCUGACUCCACAAUAUCUGAAGUAAUUAGUGUAGUAGCAAAUUCAAAAAAUGUGCAAAAUAUUGAAAAAGAAAAUUCUGUUAAAUUGCCUAGUGAUGAAGUUCAUUUAUCUGAAAAAAUUUCUUCAGGUAGUCAAUUCAGCAAAAGUAAUUCUGUUACUAAUUUCGUGUUAAAUUCAUCAAAUAAAAAUGAAAAAUCUGUUUCUGAAAUAAUGAAAUCUGUGAGCAGUGCCUCUGAUAAAGAUCAUACUGAUAAAUACGUAGAACUUGAUCAUGAAACAGCAAAAUCCCUUAAAAAUAAUGUAUUUAAUCAUAGCCAUGAAGAAAAGACCACUGAUGAAUUGAUAUUAAAUAUAUCUAGUAGCAGCCAUGAAAAACAGUCUGUUCAUGAAUCAAAAAAUUCUGGGAGUGAAUCUGUGCAAGAAUCUGUCAGGUCUGAGAUUGAGUCUACUCAUGAAUCAAAAAAAUCUGCGAUUGAAUCUCUUCAUGAUUCUAUAAAAUCUGAGACUGAAUCUACUCAGGAAUCUAUCAGAUCUGAGAUUGAGUCUAUUCAUGAAUCUGCAAGAUCUGUUAUUGAAUCUGUUCAUGAAUCUGUAAAAUCUAGUAGCAGCCAUAAAAAUUCUUUACCUGAAGAUGAAAGUGAAGUUUUUGGUACAGACACUGGUGAAAAACUGAGUGAUGCAGUUUCUAAACAUUUGAUGAUUCAAGAUGCUUUAAAUGUUCCUUUUGCUUCUAGUCCUCCUACUAAAAAGUCUUCUGAUUCAAAAUCUCACAGGCAAAAUAAACUGGAUACUUAUUCUUCUGAUGUAUUUCAUAAUCAUUCAUCAUCUAAAUCUUCUAACAGUAUAUUGGUGACUAAUACUCAAGCAGUGAAAUUAACACUUGGUGAUCUAGCUGUGAAUUCUGAACAGAAAAUACAAGGUAUUAUAAUAAAGGAUGAUAAAUAUAUUCACUCUAAUGUUGUAACUCAAGUUGCUUCUGAAGCUGCAGCUGCAGCUGCAACAUCUGCUGUCCUUGCUGUUUUAGAAACCCAGAAAGCCUUACUUCACAAGAGAACUUUUAUUAGUGCUUUUGAAGCCACUACAAGCCCUUCAAAUCUUGAAUCAAGACAGUACAGUAGUGAUUUUGAAAGCCCCCAAGCAAAUAAAACAUCAUCAGACCGUACAAGGUCUGCUAGUAUUGAAUCAAAUAACUCAAAGCCAUCUUCUGAAGGAACAAUUGCAGAUGAAGUGCAAGAUGAACACAGUCCUUCUAAUGAUUCCAUUCCAGAAAAUUUAGCUGGCACUUCCGAGAAAGGAGUAAAAAAUACAGAUAGUUUGGUAUCCUAUCAUUCCAAAAAUGAUUCUGUAGCAUCAUCUGCUGCUAGCAUUCUCAGUGAACCCAAAGAAAGCCACAUCAGCAAAGGUAUUGACAAAUUAUCCCAGAGAAGAAAUGUAAGGAAAAUUUCAGGAAAUUUUUCGUCACCGUCUCCUGCAAGUCUAUCUGAAAAUGAUUCAGUAUCUUCUGCCACACUGAUGAGCAGCCAGUCUACAUUGUCGGAUGUAGUGCAGCAAAAUGAUUCUGAGUUCUCUGAUGAUUCUUUUGCUCAACUUACUUUGGAUGUUAUUCGAAAGAUGACACAUGAAGAAGAGUUAAGGGCUCGUCAUCAGCUUUCCUUGUUACAGUUUCAGGAAAGAACUUUAGUAGAAAAAGCUCGUGCUGAAAUGAAGUGGCUGGAAUUGUUAAAAAAAAAGUUACAAGAAAAAGGUUCUGAGAGGAAGGUUUCUGCUGUCAAAAAACGUCAAAAGGAUAUUAUACUAAGACUUCGUCAGGAAAGAGCUCAGUUGAAAUGCAUGCAAGAAGCUUAUAGAAGUAUAUGUGAAAAGCACCAUUCUCUCCUUGCAGAUAAAAAGAAACUUUUGAAUGAACCAAGUACAUUGGUUUAUCAGAUACUGAAUGAAAAGGAAGGAUCUCAAAGCUCAAGACAGUCUGUAAACAAGGUGUCUGAGAAUCCCAAGCCAAGAUCAGUUUCAACUUUGUCUACUCCAACAAUACCAUCAGAUGAGGUGCAAGUUGAAGAAGAGGAAGAUAUCCCUGAAGCUUCUGAUUUGGCAAAGUCUUUAUCUCAUAAUUCUUCUCAAGAGUCUGUAAUUGAAUUACAAGCUUCAGAACAUACAAAAUCAUCUCUGUCAUCUCUGAACAAAUCACAGAAAUAUUCACAAGGUGUACCAACUCCUUUAACAAAACCAUGCCAAAGCAAUUCGAAUUUGUCAUUGAAUUCAAGUAAUUCAUUAGAAUCAGCUGCUCAAGGUUUAAAGAAACUUGAAGCAAGUAAAAGACAUCUUAGCAAAAGAGAGCAACGGAUUUUGCAAAGAAGAAAGCAUGUAGAAAAUUUACUUCAAUGGCAAAUGAAACUUGAUAGCGAAGAAAUGGCAGUCAGAGAACUUGAACAGAAAGCUCUGGAGUUAGUAAAUCAGAGCAAAAAGAAAGCAAAAUACUAUGUUUCUUCUUCCUCAACUCCACUUAAUGACAAUGCAACACAAAAAUCUGAAGUCAUUGACGAGACAUCCAUUAAUUCAAAGCAUUCUCUGAGUAACACAUUGUCUUCAACAGAAACACCUUCUAGCAUUAUCAGCCAUAUUUCUGAUGGUAAACAAGUUGAAUCCAUUGUUGAAGAACACUUAGAGAUUUCUGGAAGCAGUACCAUUGAAGAUAUUGUAGCUGACAAAGAAAACAGUAGUCCAUCUAAUGCUGUGCCAUCAGGCUCAUUUCAAGAACUAAAAAAUGGCAGUUCAGAGUCGUCAAUAAAAACCAUCAAUGAUACUGCGGAAAGUUCUCAUCUGGAAGAGGAAAUCAAUACAGAUGAAAAUUUUACAAAAUAUGUCUCAGCAUCUGCAAAAACUUCAAGUCCAGAUGUAUACUCUGAUUCUUUUGACUCUUCAUCAAACAGGAAAUCAUCAUCAUCAGCAUCAAAUAUGGAACCAUUAAAAAGUACUGGCAUGAAAAAGAGCUCUCCAAUUAGCAUCAGACCUCCCCUUAUACCCCGUAAUAUCAAACGUCAUGAUUCUAGUGGAUCUGAUGAUUCUUACACUAUUUCUCAUUCAG